AGCUGAAGGAUAUGGCAGAUGAUUUUCUGGCCGGAACAUCCUUUGAAGACAUUAAACAGCAAAUCCUAACUAAAGUUGAGAAGAAAUUCAACACUGCACAACUCCUCCGAAAGCAGUUGCAUCAUGAAGUAGGAAAGAAAGUGAUCAAAGCUUUAUUGGAUUCUAAAGAGUUGGGCUUUACAACGUUUAUGGAAUUUUUCAAUAAUUAUAAAGAUGCCAACAAAGUAUUAGAGACAAAUAUAUUUGCAUAUCAUCCAAAAAAAAAUACCGUUAGUUUCCAGUCCCAAUCAAUAGAAUGUUAUAUCCGGGAAAAGGAAGACAUAUUCAUUAAAUAG